AUGGUAUCCAAACAGUUUACAUCAUUCAUCCAACUUUACAAUGUCGCGCUACUUUUGGUUAUCAGUAUUGCUAGCGUAGUGUCAGUUCAUGAUAGUGGUAUUGAAGAGCGGCUACAUGCUGAAUUACUAGCUUUGGGUUUUCCAAAUGGUGAAUUACCAAAUCUUGCACCUGCAUUCGGAAACUAUGUCGAUGUUGUUCAAGUGGACAAACUGCUCUUUCUCUCCAGUGCAGCACCACAAACUCCAGCAGGUACAUUCGUCACAGGACGGGUACCGAAUGAGAUUAGUAUUGAUGAUGCAAUAAGAGCAGCCAAAUUCUCAUGUGUACGCCAAGUUAAUCGAAUAAAAAACUACUUGGGCAAUCUGAAUCGAGUAAAGAAAAUUGUCUUCAUUAAUGGCAAAAUACAGACACAGCCUGACUUCGUCAACCAUACAUUGAUUGUUGAUGGAUGCUCUGCAUUUUUGGUCAAUGUGUUCAGUGAUGAAGUGGGCAAGCAUGCGCGUACUUCUGGUGGACUACAAUCCUUACCAUUCAAUGUAACUGUCGAAAUAGAAACAAUCGUUGAAGUGAAAUAG